AUGUACCGGGGGCCACACCUGCUCAUGUACCGGGGGCCACACCUGCUCAUGUACCGGGGGCCACACCUGCACAUGUACCGGGGGCCACACCUGCUCAUGUACCGGGGGCCACACCUGUUCAUGUACCGGGGGCCACACCUGCUCAUGUACCGGGGGCCACACCUGCUCAUGUACCGGGGGCCUCACCUGCUCAUGUACCGGGGGCCACAGUGGGUCAUGUACCGGGGGCCUCACCUGCUCAUGUACCGGGGGCCACACCUGCUCAUGUACCGGGGGCCACACCUGCUCAUGUACCGGGGGCCACACCUGCUCAUGUACCGGGGGCCACACCUGCUCAUGUACCGGGGGCCUCACCUGCUCAUGUACCGGGGGCCACAGUGGGUCAUGUACCGGGGGCCUCACCUGCUCAUGUACCGGGGCCACACCUGCUCAUGUACCGGGGCCACACCUGCUCAUGUACCGGGGCCACACCUGCUCAUGUACCGGGGGCCUCACCUGCUCAUGUACCGGGGGCCACACCUGCUCAUGUACCGGGGGCCACACCUGCUCAUGUACCGGGGGCCUCACCUGCUCAUGUACCGGGGGCCACACCUGCUCAUGUACCGGGGGCCACACCUGCUCAUGUACCGGGGGCCACACCUGCUCAUGUACCGGGGGCACACCUGCUCAUGUACCGGGGCCACACCUGCUCAUGUACCGGGGGCCACACCUGCUCAUGUACCGGGGCCACACCUGCUCAUGUACGGGGGGGGGCCACACCUGCACAUGUACCGGGGGCCACACCUGCUCAUGUACCGGGGGCCACACCUGCUCAUGUACCGGGGGCCACACCUGCUCAUGUACCGGGGGCCACACCUGCUCAUGUACCGGGGGCCACACCUGCUCAUGUACCGGGGGCCACACCUGCUCAUGUACCGGGGGCCACACCUGCUCAUGUACCGGGGGCCUCACCUGCUCAUGUACCGGGGGCCACACCUGCUCAUGUACCGGGGGCCACACCUGCUCAUGUACCGGGGCCACACCUGCUCAUGUACCGGGGCCACACCUGCACAUGUACCGGGGGCCACACCUGCUCAUGUACCGGGGGCCACACCUGCUCAUGUACCGGGGGCCACACCUGCUCAUGUACCGGGGGCCUCACCUGCUCAUGUACCGGGGGCCACACCUGCACAUGUACCGGGGGCCACACCUGCUCAUGUACCGGGGGCCAAACCUGCUCAUUGGAGGGAGGAAGAACUGAAGCCAGAGAGGACCAUGCACGGGUUGGUCAGGGGGGAUAAGGCGCGCAUGUUGGCCGGUGGUGGAUGGAGCACGCACGGAUGCAGCAUUCACAGCCUGCUGCUAUGA